UCCGUAUUACGUCAUCAACAUGAGCCACGAGGCUUGACAUUCAGACGCAUGCUGAAUGUUUUCAUGAGUUUUUGACCUUUACAAAAACGUUUUCCUUUACAGGGACCCCGGGGACUGUAAAACAUAUACGGCAUGUCCACGCGUCAAGCAUCGGUCCACGCGAAAUGGAUCAUCGGUCAGGUGAUCGGAACCAAGAUGAAGAAGACGGCGAAGGUUCGAGUCACGAGACUUGUGCUCGAUCCGUACCUGCUCAAGUACUACAACAAGAGGAAGACAUACUUUGCCCAUGAUCCUUUGGAGCAGUGCACUAUUGGGGAUGUUGUUUUGCUGAAGGCUUUGCCAGAGAAAAGAUCCAAACAUGUCAACCAUGAACUCGCAGAGAUUGUGUAUAAAGUCGGGCAGGUGGUCGACCCGCUCACUGGGAAGAGGGUUGCUGGGACGCAGUAUUUGGAGCCACUUACGGAAAGCACAGAAGACACAGAAGUGUCUUUAACGGAGAAACUGGAGCAGUUGAACAUUACUGCCUCCACUACACCUCCUUCAGCCUCUUAGAAUUGUGUUUGUCCUUAAUGUAUGUACAGAACUCAUGUCCUGAUUUUCACAUAAAAUCACUGUGACUAGUAUUUGUGUGGUCAUCAAUCUUACAUACAAAUGCUUCUACCUGAUGUCCUCUUUGACACAGUCGAGAAACCAUAUAUGUCUUAAGUCGCUGGGGUAUAUUUGUAGCAAUAGCCAAAAAAAAAAAAAAAAACGAUGUAUGGGUCAAAAUUAUCGAUUUUUACUCCAAAAGUCAUCAGGAUAUCAAAGUAAAGAUAAUGUUUCAUGAAGA